AUGCCUUCUUCGCCAGUCCAGCAACAGAGACAUUCCACCGCCUGCAAAGACCUGCGUCCGCCGACGCUCACGCCCUUCCUCGCCGAACCAAGUACCUCGACCCGGACCGCAUCCCCCACACUGCACGGCACCAUCUUCCAGUCCAAGCAGGCCAAACCCUCGAUCUCGACUUUACUUAACUCGGAUAUCUCCAGCUUCUCGUCGGUGCAGACUCCUCCUCGCCCACACUCCACCCCACGCCGACUCACGUGGGUCGAAAGCGAGAGUAUCUGGAUCGUCACCAGCCCCUCCCCCGGCUCACCGACUUCUUCCUCGACAUGGGGCGAUGUAAACUGGUCUGCAGCCGCCUGCCGCCCACCUCCACUGCAGCAUUCUCGCUCUAUGGACAUGGCUUUUACCCAUGGGCAGACCCAACCGGCGCCGGACGACCUCCCGCCCCCGUACGAACGGCAUUACUUUGACAGACCUCUUCCUCCCCUCCCGCCGGAGGCAGAGAUGGAUCUUUCGGUGGGAGGUAGUAGUAUCCACGGCCAGAGCGCCUACAGCCAGAGUACAAGUCUGGAUUCAGGUCACGGUCACGGUCACACUCGCGGAUCGCGAUGGACGGAGAUCGCGCGACGGAUUAACCGGAGUCCGUUUGGAUGA